AGGUAUCCAACUUGAAACAUCCCGCCCUGUCCACCACGCGCUCUGUUGUCGGUUUUAUGCUUUGUCACAUGACCACGUUGUGUUUUCACGACCCCGGCAAAACUUUGUCUCAUCACUAUAUCGCCGAGUUUGGCGCGAUGGAGGAUGAAAACUGCCAAGAAUGUCACGAUUGGUGCAAAAACGUGGCAUCGGGCACCUGUACGCGAGCUGUCAUCUUCAUUACGAGUGCGAAGAAGGCCCUGUCAACAAUGUGGUUAAAAGAAAAAGGAUGACAACAAGGUUUUGGCUUCGCUGGACGAGUCUAUCUGGCGGUGUCUUGCUUGAAAUAUCUAAACUCAGUACAAUGGGGUGGAGAUUCACUACUUAUUGAAAAACCAUUUAUUUGCCUAAAGAACAUUGUCAUGCGAAAGAUCGUUAGGAAAUUUGGAAAAUUUGGAGUAGAAAAGCAGCGAGCACCUGCCCUGGAUUUUAAAUUUCGCUCUGGAGGGAUUUAAAUUUGAAACUGCCAUCACACAGUUGGACUAUGGAGUUCUACAGAAUAGGUGAUACAGAAACCAUGUCGAUGCAGGAGCUGAUUGAGGGCGACUUGCGAUCGGAAAUUGAUAACAUUUUGAGGAAUGGAAACCUUCAAGAUUUAAACACCAGUUUAAAUAAUUCGAAUAGUGUCAGUCAUCACGUCAAUGUCAACGGCCAUGUUGCAGCCAUCACUUCUUCUGCUGUAAUUCAAAUUCAACCACCCCUCCAAUCUGUAGCUCAGGUUCAGACCACAGGAGGUAAUGUAGACUUAGAAUCAUCUGCUGGCUCAGAGUUGGGGAAUUUAAGCUGGCUUCACAAUGUGGAUGUGCCCCAGUUGUCAAGACUAGCACAGGCAGAGAACAACAACCCUAACCUGCUUGUUAAUCCACAGACUGGUAUGCCUAUUCAGACACAAAUUGGUCAGCCCAUGGCAAUCUCCAUAGCAGGUGCUGCUCCUUCCCCUGCUGGCCACGGAGCACCGCAAGUGCAGUAUGUGACAAUCACUAGUCCAGCAAAUAUUGCAACUACUGCUCAACAGCCCAUGUACAUACAGCAGCCUGCCUCCACUGCAGUAUUACAGCAGCAUCUACAGAGUCCUAACGGUAUGCAGAAUCAACAGCAAUAUUUCCAAUAUCAGCAAAGCCCUCAGACUUUUAACAACCAAAGACCUGCUGCGGUCGCUACACAAGAAACGGAGAAAAUGUUCCCCAAGCCUGUGUAUUCUUACAGCUGUUUGAUAGCAAUGGCACUGAAAAAUAGCAAGGCUGGGAGUCUGCCAGUCAGUGAGAUUUACAAUUUUAUGAUAGAGAAUUUCCCCUACUUCAAGUCUGCUCCAGAUGGAUGGAAGAAUUCUGUUCGCCACAACCUGUCUUUGAACAAGUGUUUUGAGAAGAUUGAGAAUCCAAAGGGUGGAGGGACCUCCAGGAAGGGGUGCCUAUGGGCCAUGAAUCCUGCCAAAAUAGAGAAAAUGAUGGAUGAGAUAGCCAAAUGGAGAAAGAAGGACCCCAUUGCUAUCAAGAGGAGUAUGGCAAAACCAGAAGACUUAGAUAUUCUAGAGAAAGGAGAAGCAGGUCUUCCUCCUAGCAACAAUAGUAUUCAGGACGAUCCAGAGCCAAUGACACCUGAGUACAACAUGGAUGACCCACGUCUGCUGAAAGACCCAACUUUGAUGAAAGAUUCUGGAGAUUUUUUUGGAACUCUGAAUGGAUUAGAUCAUAAUCUAGAACUGGAUCCUUCUCUGUCAGAGCUAGCCUUACAGAAUGGCAUCUGGGAUGACUUUAACUCGGACGAUCUGAACCUGGACAUUCCAAUCACCACAUCUCCAUUUAAUAUAUCGGGAUCUUCGCUCCUGAAUUUUUCUUCCCCAAUGAGCUCAGCAUCACCUACUACUUUUCUAAACAGUCCCAAAGUAGGUAGCGUAAAAGUGGAACCAAUGGAAAGUGCCACUAAUAUACAAGGCAGUUAUAUAGUUGAAACCACUUUGUCAGGGAGUGUGAAAAGCCGGCCUACAACUCCAAGAACUAUAGGGACAAAUACAUGACAAACUUCUGCAGAAUAUUAGACUUUCAAAUUGAAAAUCUGACACACAUUUUAUCAUCACAAUGUUUAUAUGCAAUACAUACAAGGUGCAUAAAAAGUGUAUAUUAUACUGCCAAUUAUAAUGUAUGACAAAUUGAUUUUAUAAAAGUAAGCAGAUAGAAGUAUGUCUUAAACUGUAGACAGUUUGACUAAAAUAAGGAUUAUUUAGUUUAAUCAAAGCUUUUAUGUCCUAAUUAUAAAUGUGAAGGUUUUAAAUCCAAAGUAAGGUUGUUCCUGUUGUAGAUUUUCAUCAUGUUUUGGUUAGUUGAAUUGAUUGAUGAUAAGCUUAGGGUUUUAAGGUAACCAUAACAAUUUGGCAGUCUUAAUCAUAGACUAGUCUCCUUUGUGUCAUCAUCUUAAUAUUUGUUUGAAUGCUGCGUGACUGCAUUUGACAUCUUUUUCCCAUGUAGGACAUAAUGCUGAAGUUUGAAUUGUUUUAUUUCAAUGAGCCCUUUAAAAAUUGUUACACUGUAUACAAUCAUGGUAUCAUAUUUUUUUCUUUUCUUUGUGUUAAAGGGCCCUGAGUGUAAAGAUUUAUGUAAAAUUGGACAAAUAACUUUUUUCCUUAU